AUGAGCGAAAACCGCAAAGACAUACACAUCAAGAAAGAGAAACGAAAUUUAGAAGUCAUGAAAGCGCAAUUUAAUGAACAGCUACAAAAGUUUUAUAGUGAAAAAGUGGAAAAAGAUGUUAUUAAAAAAUCUUGGACGGCUGAUAGGGCUAAAGAAGUUAUUACAGACAUUAAGCAUGGACCAUCUUUAAAACUAGAUACAAGGAUUUGUUCACUUUGUAAAACUCAAAAUAAAAUUGAAAUUGAGAGACAACAAUCUUACUCUGGUCAAAAAAGAGCAGCUGAAAAGAUGACUGAGGCAUCCAACAAAAAAUUUAAGUCGAUUGCAAUCGGAUCAUAUGUUUACUUAACAGUUCCUUAG